UUGGACGGUCCCCCCUCCACUCGUUACCAGGGGCGUGGAACCAAGCGAGCUGAAUGGGGAAACACAUUUGUGUGUCUCGCCGUUUAAUCUAAUGGGGGGAAGAGAGACGGAGGCAAGCGAAAAUAGUUGUCCGAGUAAAAUUAAUUGCAAAAGGAAGAGGAGGGUAAAAAAAAAUUCCCCUGUGUGUUAAAGCGGCCCGACUGGUUUUAUGUGUUUUUUGGUAACUACCCGCUCCGCAUACAGACAAGCAGCCGCGGCGGCAUCGUGUGUAGCUGCUGUAUCUGCAACCCGAAGAGAGAGGGAUGCGAGGACUUGGAAGGAGAUAGAUACAACGGAUUUAUCUAUUUUAUUUUAUUUUUCUUCUUGUCACUGUGGGGUUUGUGUUCAGACUUGCUUGAAUUUCUUUGCGUUUUUUUUGAGGGGGGGGUGGUUAGCUCUCGUACGUGUAAAAAAAUGGGGAUAAUAUGCAGAUAGGGCGUUUUUUUUUUUUAAUAAAAAGUCCACCUUUUUUCUGCCGUGGACAGUCGGCUAACGUUAGCGACCUGGUAGGUCUGCAGUGUCCGUGUAUCGCUGUGGAGUUGUUUUAUUAGCCGAGGUGUUUGGUCGGUUUUCAUCGCUUUUUUGAACUCGCCUUUGAUAUCGGAUGAAAUCUCGUCUAUGUCAUCCAUCCCGGUGUUGUUAGGGGCCUCUGCUGGCAAACUGCGUCACCGAGUGGGCGCUGCAGGUACUCAUCUCUAAAUCUGCAUGUUGGGAAGUCUGGCCAUGGCACGAAUGACCUGGAAACCAAAGUGACUGAACUUCUCAAUCACCAUGGAGCCGGAGGCGAGUUCAAACUCCGAGCCCCACCAAGAACCGAAAUAUCCAUCUGUACCCAACUCUCAGUGUGAACUGGGCGUGAAUAUGUACGAGGCCAUGGGUGAUGGAAAUGUCAAUCUCGUGGACUCAGUAGUGAGAGGUGGGAGUGACCCCAGUGCAUGUUCUUCCUCCAGCUAUCAGAGGAUUGUGCAUCAGAGAUUCAUCAGGAGAAGUCUGUGGUUCUCGGACACGGAUGAGCAGGCCUACGAAGCACCUGAAUGUGAUAACAGGAGUAAGAUCCUGAACAUAAACCUGCGGACAAUAGUGGACAGGACGCGGGGGACUAGUGGCGGGAUACAGGAAGGUUCCAGCACUGAAAGUCAAGGUGGGCAAAAAGAGAGUGCAACGGAGAGCGCCAGUGCCGAUGAGGAGAAGGAGAAAGGUGGAGAUGCGUUAAAUCUUACGUGCAACGAUGCUGGCAAAAUGGCUAUCAAGGCAGCCAGUGAGGAGAAUGAGGAGGAGGCAGAGAUGAAAGCAGUCUCCACAUCUCCGGGAGGAAGAUUUCUCAAAUUUGACAUAGAGCUGGGGAGAGGCUCCUUCAAGACGGUCUACAAGGGCCUGGAUACUGAGACCUGGGUGGAAGUGGCCUGGUGUGAGCUUCAGGAUCGUAAGCUGUCAAAAGUGGAACGUCAGCGCUUUAAGGAGGAAGCAGAGAUGUUGAAGGGUCUUCAACAUCCCAACAUUGUUCGUUUCUAUGACUUUUGGGAGUCGCCCGUUAAAGGGAAGAAGUGCAUUGUUUUAGUAACAGAGCUCAUGACGUCAGGAACACUAAAAACCUAUCUAAAGCGUUUCAAGGUAAUGAAGCCCAAGGUGCUGAGGAGCUGGUGCAGACAGAUCCUGAAAGGCCUUCACUUUCUCCACACCAGGACCCCUCCCAUCAUCCAUAGAGACCUCAAAUGUGAUAACAUCUUUAUCACUGGACCUACAGGCUCGGUCAAGAUUGGAGAUUUAGGACUGGCGACACUCAAGGCGGCUUCCUUUGCUAAGAGCGUCAUAGGUACCCCAGAGUUCAUGGCUCCAGAGAUGUAUGAAGAACACUACGAUGAGGCUGUGGAUGUCUACGCCUUCGGCAUGUGUAUGCUAGAGAUGGCCACCUCAGAAUACCCCUACUCUGAGUGUCAGAAUGCUGCUCAGAUAUACCGCAAAGUCACUAGUGGAGUGAAGCCAGCCAGCUACAACAAGGUCAUGGAUCCCGAAAUCAAGGAGAUUAUUGGGGAGUGUAUCUGCCAAAAGAAAGAGGAGCGGUACACAAUCAAGGACCUGUUGAACCAUGCUUUCUUUGCUGAGGACACAGGUGUGCGGGUGGAGCUAGCUGAGGAGGAUGAUGGUAAAAAGGCCUCAAUAGCCCUGAAACUGUGGGUGGAAGACCACAAGAAGUUAAAAGGGAAGUACAAGGAGAGUGGGGCCAUCGAGUUCAUGUUUGACCUGGAAAAGGAGGUCCCUGAGGUUGUGGCACAAGAGAUGGUGGAGUCUGGCUUCUUCCACGAGAGUGAUGCUAAGACUGUGGGAAAGUCGAUCAGGGACCGCGUGGCGCUGAUCAAAUGGAGAAGAGAGAGAACAGUGUCUGCUGCAGCUGCAGUGGAUCAAGGUGAAGGGGGCCACCGGGUCCAGAUGGCACCAUCUCAGGGCAUCUGUGCUGGGGCUGCACAUGUAGGACAGCCUUUGUUGGAACCAGAAGACCCAGAGGCAGACCAGCACAACAGGCUGCGUAACCUACCAGCCAGUGCCACUUCAGUGACAUCAGACAGCACACUCGACAGUGGCAUGGGCUCCACUGUGUACUCAGACUCCCACAGCAGCCAGCAGAGUGUCCUCUACCAGUCCCUGCUAGAGCCUAUUACUAUGGCAACACAGCAGUGCCAGAUCACUGGCCCUCUUCUGACAGAUCGACCUCACUCCUGUGGAAAGGGUGAAGUAUGGGGGGCAACGCUGAGCCCAAAGCUCAGGACUCGUUUGGGAGCUGCAGCCCGGAGAGGAAGUGCCCCUGUUAUUGACACUCAGAGGGCGAACCACAUUGCUCAUCUCCAUGCCCUCAUUCAGUCUCAGAGAUCAAUCAGUCCAACCCCCACAGUACCAGAAAACCAGUCAGAACUCAGCCCCUCUGGGCUUCACUCAGAGGCUAAGGAUGGGUCCCCCUCCCAGAAUACUCUGCCACUGCUGCAGGUCUCCCCUGUCUCUCCACCUUCUGAGUACCGCCGCCUCAGUGACACCAACAUCAGGCUGUCAUCAGAGGCCACCUCUGAAAACUUAACACUGCCUGUGCAAAGUGGACGCAGACACUCGGACCUUAGUAGUCUUCUGAGUCUAAACUCUCAUCAUAACCACCAUUUUGCAAUGCAUAGAAACCAUACAUGCCAGGCCUGCCUCUCUUUGCUUCUUCUGAGAUCACGAGAAGGGAGCCACCACCGUCCUUCUGUUUUCAUGCCAACGCACCUCUGUCCAUGUGACUUUAGACACCACCAGUCCUCUGGUGGAACAAUGCACACCUAUGGACGGCUGAAAGGUUCAAAUGAUUGUUCUGAUUUCUCACUGCUUCAGCAGUCACUAAUCAAUAUAAUCAGCCGCAAAGCAGCACCUUGUCACGCCACACCCACCCAAGCCUCCCAGCUGCACUCCUCAGCUGUGCACAGGCCUGCCUGCAGUGAUGGAGACAGCAGCCUGAAGAGUCAUCUCCCAAGUGGCAGUUUGGUUGGGGGCCAAGAACCCCUCUGGGACUGCAAGGAUAGAUUCUGUGCCGGAGAACAGCAAGUUACCAGGGCUAUGGGAGUGGCCAGUUCGGCAGGUCACCAGAAUCAACCAUCUGUCCAGGGCCUGCCCUCUUCCAGCACAGCAGUACACACACCACUGCAUUACCACCAGCCUGGACACAGCUACCCUGCUCCUCCAUAUCCUGGGCAACACAGUGCUGCAACACCAGCUCCAGCUAGUCUGUGUUCAGCUCACAUUCAGCAUACGGUCAGUGGUGCUAGCUACACACCUCCCAAUGUGCAACAGACCCAAGGUGCACCAAGUAUUUCAGCAUCAGCUGUGCCACAACAUGUUGCACAGAGCUACCAAGCACCAGGCCACCAACAGCAGCAGGCAACCGCAGCAAGCUCUUUGACUUUUCCUUUGAAAGUCCAACAGAGUUGUCAGAACUGUGCAGCCCAAACUCAUCAACAGGCUCACACUGCAUCAGGAUAUCCUACUUCAGUUCAGCAACAGACUGCUGCAGCAGCAACCACCCUGCCAGCCCAGCAGCCAGCACAAAGUUACCCCCUUGCAUCUGUAGCGCCGACUAUGGCAGCCACAGCCCAGUGUCAUCCUGCACAAGCUCCCAGUGCACUGCAACAGGUCCAAGCCGCAGUCAAUCUGCAAAGUCAGCAGCCUGGUCAGAGCUCCUCCACACCAGCACUUUAUAGCCAACAGAUACCUAUUCAGCAAGAGCACCAACAGCCCUUACUGCAAAAUACUCAGUCCAGUAUACAGCUAACACAACAUGCUGGGCAGGCUUAUAUUCAGCCUCAACUCCAGCCUGGUCAAGAAACUCUGCAUAGCAUACACCAACAAAUGGCACAACAGCCUACCCACCACUCUCAAAGUCUUCAGUCUUCUGGUCAGCAACAAGUACACACCCCAACUCUGCAGAAGCACAGUCAGAAAACCAUGCAGCCAGCAGUUCGACAACAGAGCCAGGAUGUAUCCCAGUCUACAAUUCAACAGGUUCAGACCCCACCUUGUCAGCCUCAUCCAACAGCUGCCCCAGUUGUGCAGGUUGCAGCCACACACCAGAGUUACUCUGCUGCAGGUCUACCUGAUGCUGCCUCUCAGAGCUAUGCACAUUCUUCCCUCAGUGUGCUGCAGCAACAGACUGCUUCAGCUCAGAGCCAGUACCUGCCUGCACAGUCUACAGCUGCUUCACAGGUCUAUGGAGGAGCUAACCAUGUAGUUACUCCUCAGAGCCUUUCAGCCUCUUCUCAGCAUAUCCAAGCUGCACACAUCACCCAACAGUUUCAACCCUAUCUUUGCAUCGCUGCUUUCCUGAAUCAGAAUGUUCCUACUGGUCAAAACAUUUCACAGCUUGGACAAGAUGGACAGGGACAUGGGCAGAAUCUCAGCCAAUCAACUUCAAGUGUUGCAGCCCAGGCACUACCUCCUCAACAGUCAAUGGCUCAGGCUGUCCACCAACAACUCCAACCUCUGCAGAUCGCAAACUCUCUACCGCCAACACACCCAUCCCAGCAGCUUCCCCAGCAGGCCCAAAUCAUCCAUCCUGAGCUUGUCCCUUCAGCUCAGCUUGCCCAACCUGCAGUCUUCUCCUCACCUGUGCACAGUGGGUCAGACCCGGGCACAGCUACCGCUGCUGCCCAGCUGGAUAGCAAGAACCCAUGCCAGCUGCCCCCACAAGCCCAGUGCCAGACUCAGGUUCAGAGCCAGAUUCCUGUGCUGCAGCCCUCUGACUCUCAGCGAGCAUCAUCUGCGUCUGCCAGUUCCAGUCUGACUCAGCAGAAACCGCUCAGUACUCUCACUGGAGCUGCAGGUCAGGGUCUAACAGAGACCAGCACGGAGGAUCAAGCUGCAGAAAAACACACUGGAGGACAGAGCUAUGACAGUGUCAACUCUGAUGCCACGUCAGGGAAGGAGAUGAGUGACGGUUACGAAGGGACACAUGGAGGUAAAGGCGAAGGGAAAGUUCGCAAACACCACCGGAGGUCCACGCGCACUCGUUCUCGGCAAGAGAAGAUCAGCAGGCCAAAACUCAACAUGCUCAAUGUGUGUAACACUGGCGAUAAGAUGGUAGAGUGUCAGUUAGAAACUCAUAACCAUAAAAUGGUCACUUUCAAGUUUGAUCUGGAUGGAGAUGCACCAGAGGAGAUUGCUACAUACAUGGUGGAGAAUGAUUUCAUUCUGCCUUUAGAAAAAGAAGUGUUCAUCGAGCAGCUGAAGGACAUUGUGGACAAGGCUGAGGACAUGCUGAGUGAGGACACUGAGGGUGAGAGGAACUCUGACCAGGGAGGCAGUCCCAAACAGAGUGAAGGAGGUGGCACACUGGGAGCAGAGGGAUUGAAGGCUUCCGCACCCAGCACCCCACAGCUGGUGUACCAGCAAAAUGUCCUCCACACUGGAAAGCGCUGGUUUAUCAUCUGCCCUGUGGCUGAGACGCCUAUGUUAGACAAAGAGAAGACUACAUCUCACACUUCUACAGCCCAGGAAUCUGAAAAGUCGGCUUCAUCAUUAAUCAGGCCCACCAGCCACGCAGCCUCAUCUUUAUCCUCCCAAAGUCCGUCCUCCUCCUCCUCUGUGCCCCCUGUAGCUCAGACCUCUGUGCAACCUCAAGACCAAAACAUUGACAAAGCCCGGAUCCAGCAGCCUCAGCCCUGUGUAACUAAACAUGCCCUUGGUGCUGCUGGUGCCAGCCAUCCCAACUGCCUUCCUGUGGAGGAGCCUUGCAUCUCUGCCGUCUCUAUGGUAACGGACAUGCCAUGCUGCGCUAUUGUGCCACCUGUCUCUCUGGAUGUGAAUGCUAUUGAUAAAGGAGCAGCUGGUGGUUUGACCACCUCUCAAACUAAUCAGCUAAAUCAGAAGUCCAGUCCUACUGGAGAACUACCCCCUCAGCUGGCCUCCCAUCAGUCUGUGGUUCUGCAGCAACCCUAUGCCACGCCCAUGCAGCCUGGGACAGUCACCUCCCAGCCCCAGAGUCCAGCACAUCAGACCCCCCAGAACUCCCAGUCCUCAAGCCACCAGCAACCAGUGAGUGGGGGGCCAGGAGAGUCAGACGGCGAAGGGCCACGCAGGGUAGAGUUUGUUGACCGCACCAUCAAGACUUUGGAUGAGAAGCUGAGAAACCUGUUGUACCAGGAGCAUGCUCCCUCCCAAACUUCCAGCGCUGCGUCCGACCCCCAGGCCUCCAGUACAGAGGGAGUCAGCUCACCCCCAGUCUCAGAUGGCCAGAGUACUGAGGGAGCACUUACGAAGAAGAAAGCGGAACCACUGCCUCAGAUUCCUGAACGCACAGAUAGUGUGGGUGCACUAAGUGACUCUGCAGUGGCAGCCACUAACAGGGUCUUGAACAAACGAGAUGUGACCACCAGCUCCAGUUCAUAUAGCUCCAAAAGCCGUUUUCAAAUCAUCCCCACUCCACCAGAUGUUAUUUGUCGUUUAGAGAAAGGCAAGACAAGCGGUAGCACCUACAGUUCCCCAGCACCCUCUAGUGGUUCUGGAGGGUCUCACAGCCAGACCAAGGGCAAAGGGAGCAAAGAGAAGGGCUCUGUGGCUGUGGACAGGUCCUCUGCAGCUGAUAAUGAGAGCGCAGGAACAUCUAAACCCCACAGUAGCAACCGUUACUCUGCCCCACCAAACUUCUACCAGGCCACCUCCACUUCCAGUCCUGAUCUCACCCCUCGCCAUAUCCCCCGGGCCCAGACCAUAGACACUCCGACCCAUCGCCGCUACCACUCCUCUCACCUCUACUCUGACUCAGCAGAUGAGGACAGCAGCAGUGUAACCCUUCCUCCUGCCCACCCUGCUCCCCCAGCGCAUGCCCUGUCUGAGCACAGUGGAAGCGAUCUCAUGAAAAGGGCAGUGGCCUUCCUGCGGCGCUCUGGUCGGAGCAAAAGUGAGCAGAGCUCUGAUUCACCGAGCCGACAGCCUGUGGCAAUGAAUGGUCACGCUCCCUCGCCUUCUGCAGGACAUGCCCAUCCAUCCUACAUCAGCAGUGACAAUGACUCCGAGUUUGAGGAUGCAGACAUGAGGAAAGAACUACAGAAACUGAGAGAAAAACACAUGAAGGAGAUCUCUGAGCUGCAGGCAUUCCAGAGGAAUGAGAUUGAGCAUCUGUACAAGGAGCUGGGUAAAACACUGCCCCCCAAUGUUGGUCUGCUUCACGCCGCACCCCCAAGUGGCCGCAGGCGCAGGGCAAGCAAACACAAGCUGAAGGCUGGAAAACUGCUCAAUCCGAUGGUGCAGCAGCUAAAAAACAAUCUAAACACCUCCACAGAGAGAAAAGGUGAAAGUGCUGCCAGUUCAUCCGGCUCCCCGGCUAAAAGUUCUGUUCUGUCAGAUGGUUCUGCCCACUCCAGUGGCAGCUCCAGCUCCAGCAAUCAGCCCAGCAACGCCCCAGAGCAGGUCCACACCCAGCAACCCUGUUCCUUGAAGGGCUCUUUCUCCUCAGACAAUAUCUACGCUGGGCUACACGGUGAUGGAAUGGCCAACCAAGCUGGCCCCGGCCAAGGGUCUUCUCUCAACACCACCACAGCUCAGACAGCCGCCAGUCAGACACAGCCUUCACUCACCACCGCCACGCCCUCACCAUCUCCUCAGCCAAUCACGCGGCUCGCUCAGGUCCAGACCAACAACAGCAACAACAAAAGAGGCACAUUCACUGAUGAUCUUCACAAACUGGUAGACGACUGGACCAAGGAGACUGUUGCGGCAGCCAAUCAACCACGCCCCUCCCUGAACCAGAUCAAACAGCAGAGACGCAAGCAGGACCUAGAGGGCAGAGCGCCACCCAUGGGAGCAGCUACGCGCGAGAUGAAAUGCCAUAUUGGUCCAAGCAAGUUCCAGCUGCCUCUUUCCUGCCCCCUGACUGCUGCUUUAGGCCCUGGUAUGCCCACAACCCUAGCUCCCAACUCCUCAGCAAUGCUCCCUCCUGGGUAUCUUUUGCCAGCAAGCUCCUAUGGCGGGAUGGUUCCAGGUCCUCUUUACCCCCAGCAGUGGCCUGGCAUGCCUAGUCCUGUAGGGUCCAUGGGUCCCGUAGGCCUGCUUGGUGCUGCAAGAAUGAUGCCCUAUGCCACAAUGGCAAACCCAGGGAUCAAAGCCUACCCUACUAUGGUCAUGCACGACCCAGAGAGUGGGCCCUGUCCGAAAACUACCAGGACUACCUAAUCUGCUUACUUAAAUGUGUUGGUGUGUAUGGUUCACCAGAGCCACACAUGUACAUAAUCGGAUCUUGUAAAUAACAUGAUGCGAGUGUUGAUAUUCUUUAUACAACACCUAUAUCUGUAGUUAAUUGUGUGUAUGUGCAUAUGUGUGUAUACUAUACAGUACAUGUUAAGUAUGUAUGUCUGAAUACCUAAUGCUUUUUGGCUUUGGUCUUGACUAAAACUCAGCCAUACAAGACAGCGGUCACGAAAACGAAUUUCACUUUAUUCUUUAUUACUGCAGUUUUUGAUUUAGCCUUUCUCUGUGUUAUGUACACGUUAAACACUACAUUGGAAUCCAAAUACCAGUGGUUUGAGAUACAUAAACAGGACAGUAUUUAUGAUAAAGAUAUUUGAAGAAAUGUAGUGCCUUGAACAUGGAUUUAUAGAUUUCUUUUUCUUCUGUGAAACAAAGCAUGUCUGCAUCCAAGUUAUUUUAUUUGAUGGUAGCUUGAGUGCAGUCUCUUUUUUUUAUUUUUUAUUUUUUAUUUUUUAAUGCAUUACAGACACUUUUUUGUUUUUGGUUUACAUAUGAAUGCCCUUGUAGUACUGCACUAUUAACACAGUAUAUGCUCUUAUUUAAAUAAUAAAAUCAUGUUUUAACCCUGGUUUACUUUCCACCCCUGUGACAGAUAGAAUGCCAUAGUGGUGAGAUGUACCGUUGCCUUGCAGAAACAAAUGGUUAAUAUACGACUGAUGAGAG